GCCCGCCAAGCUGCUGAGGAAAGUGAUUUAGCGAUGGCAUUGCGUGCCUGUUCGUCUGCCGUCGCGCGCGGCUCGUUGCAACUGCCGCAGUCGUUUCCCGUGUUGUCGGCUCUCCUGGCUCCCGCCGCCCGACGGAUCGGUGCACGAGCCUUCUGUGAGCCACAAGACAGACACAAGACAGACAUCACGCACGCCUCAACCACACGCACAUGGCCGGCUCAUACAUCUUGCCCUCCCUUCGUGUGCUGUGCUGUGCUGUGUUGUGAUUGUGUUUGGGUGGGGUGAAUGGUGUGAGUCAGGUUCGCUGCAUAGCCAGGCGGCCAUCAACGGCGAGGUGGUGGGUGACGGCGGCGCCACGCUUGAAGUCAACCCUCCCCCCUCUCAGCGCGCCACCCCCUUGACCCCCGAGAAGCGCCCCGCCUUCAUGGACUACCAGAGCACCACGCCCAUCGACCCCAGGGUGGUGGACGCCAUGAUGCCACUCUACACCCAGAUGUAUGGGAACCCCCACAGCCGCAGCCACGUGUUUGGCUGGGAGGCGGAGGACCUCGUCGAGAAGGCCAGAGAGGUGCCCAUACAACGUGUCGGUCUGGCCAUGUCCGUCUGCUUGUAUUGCACCGCUCUGUAUGUGUGUGUGUGUGUGUGUGUGUGGUUUGGUUGGGUGCAGCAAGUGGCUGAUUUGAUAGGCGCCAAGUCCAAGGAGAUUUUGUUUACGAGCGGGGCCACCGAGAGCAACAACUUGGCCAUCAAAGGCGUGGCCGCCUACUACGGCAACAAGAAGAAACACAUCAUCACCACACAAAUCGUACCUGACCAGACAAAGAGAGAAACGAGAAGCUGGCAAUGUCAGCAAACCGAUCUGCUGUGGUGCGUGUGUGUGCGUGUGUGCGUGCGGCAUACGCAGGAGCACAAGUGUGUAUUGUCGUCGUGUCGGUCUCUGCAAGAGAAAGGCUGGGACGUCACCUACCUCCCUGUCGACCAAGACGGUAGGUACUCCACACACACCACACCACACCACAUGACACACAGGCAGACAUCCGCAUGUCAUUCAUGUGUGUGUCUUGUCGUGUCCUGCGGUGCGUUGCGUUGCGUUGCGUCGCGUGCAGGUCUGAUAAGUUUGUCUGAGUUGGAGGGCGCCAUCCGGGACGAUACCGCCUUGGUGAGCGUCAUGAUGGUCAACAAUGAGAUCGGCGUGGUGCAGCCCGUCAAGGGGAUCGGCGACCUCUGCCGCAAGAAGAAGAUCUUCUUCCACACUGACGCAGCCCAGGCCCACGGUCAGUCAGCAACCCAGCCCUCCCCCUGCAGACCCCCUAUACACACACACGCGUGUGCGUUGCAUUAUUCGUGAAGCUGAGCCUCUUCCCUUCCCUUUCUGUGUGGCUGACCUGACAUUACCUGACAGGCAAGAUCCCGAUCGACGUUGACGAGAUGAACAUCGACUUGAUGUCCCUCUCCGCACACAAGAUCUACGGACCCAAGGGAGUCGGUACGCAUACCCACACUGCCCACACUACCGACGCCCCCACCGCUCUGACUCACCGAUCCCUCCCUCUCUCCGUCUGUGUCUGUGUGUGAAUCUAAUCUGUGUGUCCACCAGGUGCGAUCUACGUGCGCAGCAAGCCGCGUGUGCGUCUGGUGCCUGUAAUAGACGGCGGCGGGCAGGAGCGGGGCAUGCGCAGCGGCACCCUGCCAGCGCCCAUUAUAGUGGGCUUCGGCAAGGCCUGUCAGGUGGCCAAGGAGGAGAUGGACAACGACAGACGGCACGUCGAGAGGCUCGCCAAGAGAAUGGAGGACGGCAUCAUCAAGGCACUGCCCGACGUCACUCUCAACGGCUCCAAGGUCCCCGACCGAACGAACAUACACACACACAAUGGGGCCAGGCAGACAGAGAGAGAUCCGUUUGUGUGUGGGUGUGCUUUGCUGUGCAGCUGCAUCGUUACCACGGCAAUAUGAACCUGUCGUUUGCGUAUGUGGAGGGCGAGUCGCUCCUCAUGUCCCUCCGGGGCGUCGCCGUGAGCAGCGGAUCCGCCUGCACCUCUGCAUCUCUCGAACCGUCUUACGUGCUCAGAGCCAUCGGUGAGUGAGUGCCCUUCCCCCCGCCCUCUCGCGACACACACACAAGUUUUGCUUGUGGGUGUGUGUGUCAUGGCAUGGGCAGGUGUGGAUGAGGAGUUGGCGCACACGUCGAUUCGGUUCGGCAUCGGUCGGUUCACGACCGACGAGGAGGUGGACGAGUGCGUCAAGGUGGUGGUGCAGGAGGUCCGAAGGCUCAGGGAAAUGUCGCCACUGUGGGAGCUCGCACAGGAGGUCAGUCAGUCAAUCGGUGCAGUCAGUAGCAAGACCACCAACCACAUGUGGCUGCUGUUUGUUUUGUCGAUCGUCUUUGCCUCAGGAGAAGGAGGGCGGUGAGAAGACGGCGAUGGUGUGGACAUGAUCCAAAGGAAUGUCUGCACGCUCCAACGCAACGCGGUCUCUCUGUCACACACGUGUGUGGACUGGACAGGACAGUCCAUGCGCUGCGCAUGUGUUGUCGUGGAUUUUUUGGGGUCGGUGUGUUGUGUUGUGUUGAUCUUCUCUUCAUGUGCUGUCGAGUCGGUG